ACGGAAUCCAUCCAUUUGGUUUCGUGCAUUCUCCAUUCCAUCGGGGGAAUUUCCAGCGCAUUCCAUCGCCAUCGCGGCCUUCGAGUCGGUUGCUUGGCGCUCCACGCAGCGAGCGUGCGCGGCGCCGCCAAAUCUAGGCAGCAACCGGUACAAUCCGCCGCGCAAUGGCCAUGGAGGAGGAGGAUUCGCAGCAGAGGUAUGUGGAUUCGCUCAGCAAAUGGCGUCGGAAGGAGGAGCAGUGCUGCGAUGGAUGCCGGAUUGCUCGUUGCGCAUAGGGUUUUUGGUCAGGAUUACGCGAGAUUGGGAUAGAGAUAGAUAGCCGAGAUCCAAUCCAAACGAUGGGGAAGAAUCAGGCUUACAAGGCAAUGCAACGGGCAAAGAUGUCUUCCCACACCGGCAGUGUAGCGGAUGAUCUCGACGACGGACUGAUGGAUGGAUCAUUUCAUUCACCAGAGUGGCAUGCUGCGCGUUUGGCAAGUUUGCAAACUUCUCACACCAUCACUUGGGAGGAAUUCAAGCGGAAACAAAAGGAAGAAGCAAGGAAGCAAAACGAGCUUGAAGACGGUGAAGCCAGAAUGAUGAGAGAGUACAGAGCUCAACUUGACGCCGAGCGCGCUGCCAAGCUCUCACGGGGACGGAACCAUGUUGAUAAGCGAGACACCAGAUUUAAGAAAGGGAAGAAAGACAAAGACAAAGACAAGGACAAGGACAAGGACAAGAAGAAGCCCAAGCGAAAGAAAUCAGAAAAGAAGCGACGGAAGAGCGAUCUAGACGCUGCCGAGGAGGAUGGAGCGAGCUCCUCGGCGAGCAGCAGCGACGACACUUCAGAGGCAAAGAAGGACAAGCGGAAAGUCAAGAAGGAGAGGAAAAAGAGGAGGAAAGCUAUGUCCGAGAGCUCGGGCUCGGAGUCAUCUUACAGCGACGACAACAAGAAACCAAUGCGCUUGUCAACGUUUUUCGACGGCGGCGGCGGCAAUGCGUGACGCGCUCGCUCGCUUGAUAGCUCGAAGCAGGGAAGAAAUUUUUUUUCUUCCUUUUCGUCCUCACCAAGUUUUUUCCACACAGCCAGCAGCAGUGUGUGAUCAUCUCAAUCAAAGCAGCAGCAGCAGCAUCAGCUCGUGCGAUUCAGCAUAGAAUCACUGGGACUCGAUAGAACACCUUUUAGAUCUCACAGAGGUUCGUUUAACGAGAAAGAGACAAUAUACCAGGGAGCAUUCUCCACUGUAUAUUAGUGAACAUCCAAUGAAGAAAAAGAAUUUAGAAGUUUCUUCCA